GGGACGUCUCUGCGCAGCCUAUCGGAUUCCGGGAUGCAAUACGCAUCCAAAUGAAAAGAACGCCAGUCCUUUCACUAAUCCUAGUCUAUCCUUUUUAUCUCGGGACUCAUAGCAGUCUGAUCACUAUGGGACAGCGAAGCGGUGGGACAAAGCCAUGCGGAUCAUAUUCUUGUAAAUGAGCGAGGAGACUGGUCGCGGGGACUUUAGCGGGGCGCAUGUUACCUGCAGCGUGUGCGUAACCGUGGGCCAACAUGUUCCUGGUGCUGCUCGUGGGGCUCUAUGUGGCCACAGGUGAUCUCUUCCCUCCUGUGGACUCCUGCCCGUCACAGUGCAGCUGUUUUUACCACAACCUGAGUGAUGGAUCCAAGGCCAGGAGUGUCAUUUGCAACGACCCCGAGAUCUCUCUGGUGCCUGUCGGCUUCCCCGUGGACACGUCCAAGUUAAGAAUCGAGAAAACAGCCAUCCAGCGGAUACCGAGCGAAGCCUUCAACUACCUCUCCAGCUUGGAGUUCCUCUGGAUGUCCUUCAACACACUGUCCACGCUCAGGUCCGACAGUUUCAGGGGGCUUUUGAAUCUGGAGGAGCUGCGUCUGGACGGAAACGCGCUGGGAGCAUUCCCCUGGGAUUGUCUGAUGGAUAUGCCAAGUCUCAGACUUCUAGAUUUGCACAACAACCAGCUCACCUCGCUGCCCGCGGAGGCCACCACCUACAUCCGGAACCUCACCUACCUGGACCUGUCCAGCAACAACAUGAUGACUCUGCCGGCCCAGGUGCUGUCCACCUGGCUGGCUGUCAAGCCCACGCAGGGGCCGGAGAGCUCCAAAAUGAUACUAGGUCUCCAUGACAACCCCUGGGUGUGCGACUGUCGCCUCUACGACCUGGUCCAGUUUCAGAAGUCGCCCACUCUCUCCGUGGCGUUCAUCGACACCAGACUCAGGUGUUCGGCCCCGGAGAGCGUGUCGGGGGUCUUGUUCAGCGACGCAGAGCUGAGGCGCUGUCAGCUCCCGUGGAUCCACACGGCUGUGGCGCGAGUCCGCAGUGCUGUGGGGAACAACGUGUUGCUCCGGUGUGGGACUAUUGGAGUUCCCAUUCCUGAGCUGACGUGGCGAAGGGCUGACGGACGGCAGCUCAACGGCACAGUCCAACAGGAGACGGCCAGCGACGGCAUCACCUGGUCCAUCCUCAGCGUCCCGGCCGUGUCCUACAGAGACUCUGGGAAAUACAUCUGCAAGGCCACCAACUACGAGGGCAACGCAGAGGCCGUCAUUUUUCUGAUCGUGUCCAACUCGCCCAAGUCUGAAGGGAACCAAACCAACGACAAGAAGGCCAAAGUCAAAAAACCCAACGGCUUGGGCAAAGCAGCCUAUCAGGAGAAGCUGGUCGCCAGAUAUGUGGUGCCGACCUCCGCUGCUUCCUCACCUUCCAUCUCUGACUCGGAGUCUCCAUCGGGGCUGGAAUCUGAUCCUGAAGCCGUUGUUUUCAACAGAGCUACGUCCGAUCCUGCGACCUCAUCUAACCAAGAUGCUCUGCUGGACCUGGAGAAGACCAAUCUUAGCAACCUUGCUGCCAACACCUCGUCCUUGCAGCAGGACCCGGACCGGGUGGUUCGCUCGGUGAAGGUGGUGGGAGACACGGACAACACCAUUUCUCUGAACUGGAGGGCCCCCAAGGCUAAGAACACGACGGCCUUCAGCGUCCUGUACGCUGUGUUCGGAGAGAGAGACAUGAGGAAGAUAAACGUUGGAGCGGGUCAGAACCGCGUGACCAUAGAAGGGCUGGUGCCCAGAACCAAGUACAUCGCCUGUGUGUGUGUGAGGGGUUUGAUUCCUAAAAAGGAGCAGUGUGUCAUUUUCUCCACCGAUGAAGCAGCCAGUGCCACCGGCACCCAGAAGCUCAUCAAUGUCAUCGUGAUCACGGUGGCCUGCAUCAUCGCCGUCCCGCUCACCGUCAUCGUGUGCUGCGGGGCGCUGAAGAGACGCAUCCAGAAAUACUGGGGGAAGAAGUCCAAGGACAUCCAGGAUUCCUACGUGACCUUUGAAACUCUGUCCCCCGGCACCAAAGCCAAAGGGCUGGAGGGCGAGUAUCUGAACAGACUGAACCCAGAGGAGUCCAACCGGCUGCUGUCGGCCCGCUCCAGCCUGGACUCCGAGGCCACGGCUAAAAUAGAGGGACAGCCUAAUGAGUACUUCUGCUGACAUCAUGCUCCAGCUCCGGCUCCCGCUCCACGUCACCUGCCCCGCGCUCACCCGCACCCCAGCCCGCUCUCAAACACCCACUCGCACCCCCACCCGCAGACUCUUCCUCACCUCCAGCAACGCUACCACCCGCACCCGUACCCCCACCACUACCCUUACCCCCACCAUCAGCAGCACCUUGACGUCAGCCCCCCGCUGACACGGUCCCACACGCCCAUGCCCUGGGACUCCCCUCCACCUGUUCCCCCUCGCUGGAUCACACCACCGACCCCUCCCCCUCCAAGAGGAAACUUCUAUCAACGAACAUUUGCACGCUGCACUAUCAUGGAGAUAUCGGUUUAGAGAGGGGGGCGCUGCGCAGUGGCCUGUCAAUCAUGUGCUUACCAUGAAAUUGAGAAUGCUAAAACUAAAAAAAGGAACCAUAUAUCUAAAAUUAUGUAUUUCAUUUUUUAUUGAAAAACAUGGAUGGUCACAAUUAAAAUAGUUGAGGGGUAGUGGUGUGUUCAAAGUGCCUGUUAACAGUCUGACUUUCACGUCCUUAUGAAGUCAGUGAAUGCACCAUUGCUCAGAGGAAAGCUUGAAUGCAAAGUGUAAGUGUAAAAUGACAAACAUUUUUUGUUUAUUAAAUUGUUGUUGUUUUUU